UCUAGUGUAGUUCUGAAUAUCAGACUGAAAUGGGGACAUUUCUUGGACAUCUAGUACCUGGAUUGGCCUUAGCCCUCCUUGGUUUUUGGCAUGCAAUUAGUACCAUUAGAUCCAACUAUCAUAAUGGAACUACAAAAUUCAGAUCAAGGUUUUGGUACCCUUUCAAGAGUACUCCCCUUCCUACUCUACAAUACAUUGAUCUCAUUCUUGUCUUGUCGUUCUCCGUAUUUUGUAUAGUUAUCCAGUUCAUAGACUUACCUUCUCUUCACUUAUCAUUCAAGCUUCAUAAUAUUGAACAUGCUACCAUGUUCCUUCACUUGACUGUAUUCGCGGGUUUUACUCUUCUUGCUGAGAUAAGUAACUUACAUGAGAUCCUACAUGGGAUCUUAGGCAUACUUGCUACAUCUAUUUUUGGUCAGGAGCUUUUCUUGCUUCAUUAUCAUUCAACUGAUCAUGUAGGACUUGAAGGUCAUUACCACUGGCUGUUGCAGCUUGUCGUGUGUAUUUCCCUUAUCUCGGCUCUUGUUGUCACUUGCUUCCCUUCUUGUUUCCCCGCAGCACUUGUUCUUUCGAUUUCAGUCAUUUUCCAAGGUGUUUGGUUUAUGAACAUGGGAUUUAGUCUAUGGUUUCCGCACUUUGUUCCACAAGGAUGUGUUAUGCAAUCAAGUGAAGGUCAUGAAAGCAGCUCUGUGCAUGGAGCGAUCAUGUGUCAAACGGAUGAAGCUGAUUCAAGAGCCCGAGCUAUGGCGAACUUGCAGUUUAGCUGGGUAAUUGCAGCUAUCUUGAUCAUUGUGUCUGGUAUUUCCCUUAUGUUCGCUAGAAAUCGAGCAGAUAGGACUCUGUUGUCUAAGUAUGAGCAGCUUCAGAAUAGAGGCAGAGACACCCCUGUAACAAUUAAUUGUUUGAAGUAAACUAGUAAAUAAAGAAAUGUACAUUAGGCAUCAAAUUGCCAACUUAAAUGAACUUCAAUGGAUGUGUCUUCAUGGUACUAGUUCUGUGUAUUGCAGUCACUAGACUGUCUAACCGUACUUAUCAAUUGAACGAAAGUUAACUUA